AUGGUCUCAAUGCCACCAGAACUGGGCGAAACGUCACAUGAGCUCAGUGAGCUCAGUUCGCUGGUGAAGAAGAUUGAGACGGCGCAGUUGGAGUCGCGUCCACUGAGCAGCGAUGAAGCAACUGCUCUGGAUGUGGCAUUUUCCAAGACUAAUCUGAGGGAACUUUGCCAAGCAAAGCUCGCAGACUCUGCCAAGAGUGAACUUUGCAGUUUGGCGCACCGCAUCUGGGCAGCUGUGGGACAGGGGCCGCCCUAUGAUCCACUGCAGGAUGCCAAGUGUAGGAACCUGGCAUGCAACAUCUUUUCUGCCAGCUUUAGGGGCUGCAUUCCUCCCAGCGAUGCGCUGUUGCUGUCUGCCCACUGGGCCUUCUCGGGCCAAGCUUGGAUGCGAGCCGAUGCCUCCUCGCCCUUGGCGCUGCCCUGCUUUGCUGAAGCUGCAAAGGCAUGGAGGAGCCAACCCUCGGUGAAGCUGGCGCAAGUGGCGGCUCAAGCUUUGCUAUGGGCUGGGGAAGCUCACUUUCGGCAGGUCAGCUACAUUGAGGCCUUUUCUCAGCUUUCUCAGGCUCGCGAUAUCAUCUGCAGCUACCAGGACUGGGAUGGGAUGUUAGACAACUUCCUGCGUGUUUGCUUCGAACAGGCCAAUGCGCACCGCGCGGCUGGCAACCUGAGUGAGGCCAUUGAGCUUCUGAACUUGGCGAUUGCAGCAGGCCCCAAUGCUGCGCCUGCUGCAAAGUGUAGGUUGCUGCGGGCCUUGGCUUUAUGCCAUGUUUCCGGUGUGGAAGGGAUGGUGCAAUGCUCAACUGCUCAUGCGAAGCAAGCAUUUGCCUUGUCUCCGACCUCCAAAGACCGGGUUCUUUCCCUUCAGGCCACAGAGUUUUCUUCCCUGAUUCAAGCUGUUCGACCGCACCGGCGGCGCCUCACCAGGCGGCAACAAUGGCAGGAGGAAAAGGGUCUGGCGAUGGUUUUUGACCCGGCCAAAGAUCUACCAAUCCACAGACCCCAGGUGGCCGGGCCUCCGGGCUGGGAUGAAGAACUUGGAGCCAGCGAACAGCAAGCGCUGCUUCGGCAAGUGCCAUCCAACGAGGUGGUGAAAGAUGACUUUCACAGAUAUCGAUGGCGAUGCAUCUUUCAACCGGAGAGGGCUGUGGAGACUCUAGGGCCCGUGGCAGAACUUCAGCUGGUGAUUGUGAAAGCCAGAGACCUGCAUUCGCACGAGCUCUCCAAGAUGCUCCAACCUACCUGCAAUCCUGCAUGCAAG